UUAGGGAGAUGGCUGGAUGAAGUUUUUGUUUUCCCGUUUUAAUUUCGCCUUUAGGUUCUUGACAUGAUGAAUAUGUUCGAAAACUACCGUCUGCUUUUCUUGAAACGGAUACUAGCCCGGACAAGAUGGUAGCCUUGCUUUAACGGGACGAUGGAUUCGUUACGAUAAAGUCAGCAUUUUUCACUUUUCUUUCCCUGGAUCUACGGACUCUCACAAUGGAGAGAAAGUGGAGACGGUCGUCGGAAUGGCCCGUCCUCUGGCUCUCCCUUUCGCUGGCGUGCCUCUCCCGGGUUGUCGCGGAGCUGAACUACUCUGUUGCUGAGGAGGUACCACCGGGAUCCGUGGUUGGGAACAUCGCAAAAGAUUUGGGACUGAACACCCAAAGGAUUAGAGAGCGAAGUCUACGCAUCAAUUCGGACUCGUCGGCUCAAUACUUCGAGAUAAACUCUGUCAGCGGAGCCUUGGUAAUUAAAAAGACAAUUGAUAGGGAAGUAAUGUGUGAAUUAAGUUCAACAUGUUCUUUACGCCUUGAAGUACUUCUCCAGAACCCGUUAGAAAUUCACCGCGUUGUAGUGGAAAUUCUAGAUGUGAAUGACAAUGCGCCCCAGUUCACCGCAGCGAAUACAACGCUGGACAUUUCCGAGGCGGCCGGACCGGGCACCCGGUUUAGACUUGAGAGUGCGCAUGACCCUGAUGUGGGCAUCAACUCGCUACGGACAUAUCAACUCGCCUCCAAUGACUUUUUCGCGUUGACUGUCGAAACGAAAAGCGACGGGAGUAAAUUCCCCGAGCUGGUGUUGGAGAAAGCGCUCGACCGGGAAACGCAAGAAGGGUUCCGCCUCUUGCUCACGGCGGUGGACGGGGGACAACCGGAGAAAUCCGGGACCACACUCGUGCUCAUUAAUAUUCUGGACGUGAAUGACAAUGCUCCGGUAUUUGACACGCCAGUCAUUAGAGUUAGUUUAUUAGAGAACUCUUCACCAGGAACUUUGGUAACGCAAUUAAAUGCGACUGACAUAGACAGUGGCUUGAACGGUCAGAUAACAUAUCUUUUCAGUAAGUACACUUCUGAUAAGACCCAAAAACUUUUCCGUGUGGAUUCUAAAACAGGAGAAAUUUAUGUCAAGGGGGAUAUUGACUAUGAAAUGGCGGAUAUGUAUGACGUCACCGUUCAGGCCAGAGACAGUGGCAACCCUGCCAUGGAAGGUUCAUGUAGUGUCAAAAUUGAGGUAGUUGACGUGAAUGACAACACCCCGGAGGUGACGUUGACCUCUCUAAAUAGUCCAAUCAGAGAGGAUGCUGAGCCAGGCACAGUUAUUGCACUAAUUAGCGCUAAAGAUCUAGACUCUGGUAAAAAUGGUGAGGUGACACUCAAGGUGGCACCAGGGCUGCCAUUCAAACUCGUGUCUGUUUUCGGCGAGCACUACAAGCUCGUCACAGACGGGCGCCUGGACAGAGAGACCAUGGCGGAGUACAAGGUGGUUGUCACGGCGACAGACGCGGGUACCCCACCGCUGUCUUCCCACAAUGCCUUUGUGGUGGCUUUGUCUGACGUCAACGACAACGCGCCAACCUUCUCGCAGUCCUCCUACUCGGUGGACAUCACCGAGAACAACUCCCCGGGAACGCCCAUCGUCACCGUCUCGGCGUUGGACCCGGACUCCGGGGAGAACGCCCGCUUGUUGUACUCCAUCCUCGAGUCGCCCGUCCAGGGCACGUCGGUGGCCUCGUACGUCUACAUCAACCAGGACAACGGGAACAUCUUCACCAUGCGCUCGCUGGACUACGAGCAGAUGAACGCCUUCCAGAUCCACGUGCAGGUGCGCGACGCCGGCUCGCCGCCUCGCGCCUCCAACGUCACCGUCCACGUCUUCGUCGUUGACCAGAACGACAACCCGCCGGUCAUCCUCUACCCCGCCCACGACGCCGACGAGGGCGUCCGGCUCACCGUCCCCGGCUCGGCCCCCGUGAACCACGUGGUGGGCAAGAUCGUGGCCGUGGACCCCGACAGCGGCUACAACGCCUGGCUGUCCUACAGCAUCCCGCCGGGGCCGGACGCGGCCCUCUUCCGCAUCGACGCGCACUCGGGCCAGCUCCGGACCGCGCGCAAGCUCGCCGAGGACGACAAGGACGUCGUCGGCACCACGUACAGCUUCUCGGUGGUCGUCAAGGACAACGGCAAGUCGUCGCAGCUCUCGUCGAGCGUCUCGGUGACGGUCACGGUCGAGGAGGAGGGCGCCGACGCCCCAAAGGACUCUGGACCCUGGACCCCCCGCCGGGGGUCACCCGACUGGAUGACCAACUCCACCCUCUAUCUCAUCGCGUCGCUGGCCGCCGUCACCGGCGUCUUCCUCAUCACCAUGGUGGUGCUCCUGGUGAGGUGCCUACGCCACCGGACCGAGUCGGACUGCUGCUACCCGCGCAAGGGGCUCCGGGGCCGGCCCUCCUACCACCAGCGCAACAACAAGGACCUCCACCUGCAGCUGAACACGGACGGCCCCAUCAGGUACAUGGAGGUGGUGGGGGGCACCCAGGAGCCCUACACGCGCACCUACCGGCCCUGCUACUCCACGCUGUCCAGCCGCAGUGACUUUGUCUUCGUCAAGACGCCCAUGCUGAGCCACAAUAACACGCUCAACAUGACCCUCACGCGGAAACACUUAACAAACUCAGUCAAUGAGCAAAAGCCUCCUAACCAGGACUGGCGUUUUAACCAGAACCAGAGACCCGGACCUAGUGGGGCGGCCGCCAAUCCUGAGGUUGCCGUAGGAACAGGACCGUGGCCAAACCCCCCGACCGAGGCCGAACAGCUCCAGGCCCUGAUGGCAGCCGCCAACGGUGCGUCACACACCUCCUCCCCUCCCACCUACUCAUCCCCUCGCUGUCUGCUCAUCUCAGAGGUGAGUGAGGCCACCAACACGCUGACCCCCGGCACCAUGGGCCUGAGCACCCGCUACAGCCCCCAGUUCACCCUGCAGCACGUGCCCGACUACCGCCAGAACGUCUACAUCCCCGGCAGCACCGCCACCCUCACCUCCAACCCCCAGCAGCAGCAGCAGCAGCAGCAGCAGCAGCUCCAGCUCCAGCAGCAGAUGCUGCCCAACAUGCCCCCCCAGCAGGCCCUGCCCCCGCCCCAGGCCACGGGCCCCGACGGUGGUGCCGCCGCUGGAGGUGCCCCAGGGGGCCAGUCCGAGCCGCCCAAGGCCGCCCAGACCCCCGCCAGCAAGAAGAAGUCCACCAAGAAGGAGAAGAAGUAAGAGAAAGAGAGGCAGAGAGAUGGAUGGAGAGAACGAGUGGAUAGAGAGUCGGAGGAAAGGAGGAGGCCCAGAUGGAGCCCUCUCUCGCUCUCUUUCUCUCUCUCUUCGUUUUUUGUUUUUCCUCAGCUGGCUUCUAUAAUCCUCUCACUGAUUGCCAUGUUAACCGAUAAGUACUCCGGUAAUAUCCAUGUACCAUGAAGGAUAGUAUUGUUUCCUUUUGUAAGGUUCCUUUUUUUUGUUUGUUUGUUUGUUUAUUUUUGACUAUCUCUGAAGUCUCUCUGAAUGUGUAUGGAAGUGAGUGUGAAAAGAAUUCGGAAGCUCAUAUUCAAUUUGGAUUCUGUUUUAUGUUAUGAUUCCUCGGAUUGCUUGUGUAUUGCUUGAAGGACUUUUCCUGUAUCUUAUAUAGGCCUGUAAGUAUAACACUAUUCUAUGUGGUGUUGGUUCUUGUCUGAUUCACUCUAAUGUAAGAAUGAAGGGAGGGAUUUCUGAUUAUAGAUGACAAUAAUGAUUUUAAAGAUCUUGGCUGUUUUUAUUUUUCAAAAAAAGACACAAUAUCCUGUGUUGUGAUUCUUCUGUUGGAUUUCUUCACAUACACAAAGUGUUACCGUGUUUUGAAAUGUAUUUCAGGGGGUUUGGCUUUUUUUUUUUUAUCCCUGUUUUGCUAAGCUGACGAGUAGAUAUUUGUUUUGUGCCUAGAAAACCACUGUUGGAUAUUCCCCUUGAAAAAAGAAAAACACACUGAAAAGUUUGGCACAAGCGACUGACCUGUAGAUCUUAGAAACCAAGGCCGCAAUAUUUGCAUGAGUCAUUGAAUAAUCUUCCACAGAUGUAACCACGGACGAAACUAUGCAUUUAUUCAGACGGGGAGCGUUGUCUUUUUUUGGCAACUCCUUUGUCGAAUGCAUUUGUAGCACCAACCUGAACCGUGUAUUGCUUUGAUAUGCAUAGUAUAGUAUAUUCAGCUAUAUCAUGCUUGCGUUUAUUUUUGUCCCCUCCAAAGCCAUUAUAAUUAAAUUGAGCAUGAGCCCCAUGUGUCUUGGGUCUGAGUGAUUGGGAACGGCCAUGUUGUUCUUUCCGUCACCGUUGACCACAGUCUGAGCCAUAUCCUGGCUGUUUGACUUCAGGUGUAAAAUUUCCCCCCUCUCUCAAAAACCUCAUACUCACUGCAUUGCGUUGAACAGAGAGCCAAAUAAUUGAUGAAGAUGCACUGUCGUAAGGGGAAGGAAGAUGUGGACUGGGACGGGUGAUUGGUCGCCUAGCGAGCGCUUUGUAGACACGUAGUAGUGAGUUACCCACUAUUGCCACCCACCUAAUGCGUAGGGAGCACUUUCACCUCUAGGGCCUGUGCUAGGUGGCCGAGUUAGGUUAUGGUAGUACAUGGGGAGCCCUAUGCUCCAGCCAUUCUAAAGAGUCUUUCUUUCCUUACCACGGAACACGCUAGCUAGCUUGUUUGUUUGACAUUAAAAUGAACUGAGUUUUGUAGUGUGUAGUAGGGAAUAAGCUAGGCGUAAUAAGAUGGAGCUUUUUUUUUUUCGUUGUGUAUUCCGUGUGGCGAAGGGGCAGCUUGUAUUCGAGGGGGAGGGGAGUGGAAGGAGACAGAGCAGGCAGCUGCGCAGGGUACCUGGUAACCCCUGGGGCACAAGGAGGAUGAGGACUUCACUUAAUGAAUGUACAGAAGUAACACUACCACUCUCAAAACACCCCCCCCUCUGCUCAAUCAGUGGUAUCGUCUACAGGGGAACACUGACCAAUCACAGGCAAUAUUCAGUUCAUCCGUCCAGUGGUUAAAAAGGACAUACCACUCAGAGGGGUUGAAGAGGGGUGGAGGUAUUUCUGAGGCCUCACUCACUUUCGACCCUAGUUCAGUUCUGUUGCCCCGGCUCCCCCUGCACUGUUGCUGGUUUCCUCCCUUGCACAUACCUGCACAGUCCCAGGUGACGGUGAUGACUCUUUUCCCAGGUUGUACAUAGCUAGCAGCCGCUACCGCUGUAAAGUCUAGGCUGUUCUCAACUCCAGUGUCCAACCAGAUCUCCCUUUUCCAGAUUCAGAGCCCGGGGUGAGUGGCUUACUACUGGAAUGUGUUACUUUGACUUUUUUUUUUUCUUUCCGUUUUGAUUGUUUGGUUUUCAGGAAAACGAGGAAAAAAAUAUAAUGAAAAAAAAAUCUGAAUCGCUCUUCAAAAUAUGUGUUUGAAAUGUAGUAAUCUAUAGCACCACGAAGGCCAACUAACAAACACAACUGUACAUAGAGAUUAACUUUGAAGGAAAAAUCAACAAAAAAAUUUGAGUGACACACAUGUAGUUUUAGGUAAUCGUGAGCUGUAACGCGCAUAUUUUUGUGUUCAUUUUUGUUUUCCAUUGAUGCCACUUGCUCCAUCACCUUGCUACGAAACAAAAUGAAACAAAACAAAAACGAAACCACAUCGUGUACAAUACCUUUCUAACCCUCUGUAAUCUCCUUCUGUUUCUUUUGUGAUUCCAGUUGUGCAUAUGUGCAAGAAUGCUUCUCAAUGUCUAUAUGAAGAAAUGAAAUAUAAAUAUUCUAUAUGUUUGUGUGUCUGCUGAUGGCGUAAUACUCUAUAUCCUGCUGUAAUAUUCUUUCUUAUAAGUCGCUUAGACCCCUUCCCUGCUCCUCUGUGUUACUCUUAUUUUAUAUGCUAAUAUUUAUAUUUGCUGUUUUAUUUUCUCUUGAACACUGACAUUUCAAAUAAAAGGUCAUAAAAAUCA